UGGAAUGAGAUCAGAAUGGAUCCGGACAAUGAUAUAUAUGCCUUCUACGAUAUCAGGGGUACAAGGGGGAAAUGUAGACCGGGCAGGCUGAACUCGGAACGUAUCCUGCAACCGCGAAUGUCACUCCUAGGGAAGCCGCUGAACUACAAUCGCGGCACCCGCCGCGAUGUUCGCUAUCGGCGCCUCCAGAGUCGCCUCUACAACUUCCUGGAGAGGCCGCGCGGCCUGCAUGCCAUCUUCUACCAUGUGAUGGUAUUCCUGAUGGUGUUCACAUGCCUGGCCCUGAGCGUGUUUUCCACCAUCAAGGAGUACGAGGACGACGCAGUGUAUAUCCUGUUCCGCAUGGAGAUCCUGGUGGUCAUCUGGUUCACCAUGGAGUUCGGAGCUCGUCUGUGGUCGUCGGGCUGCCGAUCGCGUUACCAAGGCUGCCUGGGGCGGCUGAAGUUCGUGAAGCGACCAUUCUGUAUUAUAGAUAUUAUCACCAUUUUAGCCUCAAUUGUAGUAUUAGGCAUGGGCACCUCCGGCCAGGUGUUCGCCACGAGUGCCCUGCGUGGCCUCCGGUUCUUUCAGAUCCUUCGGAUGGUGCGCAUGGAUCGACGGGGCGGCACCUGGAAGCUGCUCGGCUCGGUUGUAUACGCACACAGACAGGAGCUGAUCACAACCAUGUACAUAGGAUUCUUAGGUCUAAUCUUUGCAUCAUUCCUAGUCUACAUGUGGGAGAAGGACGUCAAUGACAAGUUUAGCAAUUUCGCCCAGGCCCUUUGGUGGGGUGUGAUUACCCUUUGCACCGUUGGGUAUGGAGACAUGGUUCCGAUCACCUGGCAGGGCAAGCUAAUUGCCUCUUGUUGUGCUCUUUUGGGUAUCUCCUUCUUUGCACUGCCAGCGGGCAUCCUGGGCAGUGGUUUUGCAUUGAAGGUCCAACAGCAGCAGCGCCAGAAGCACAUGAUCCGGCGCCGCCAGCCGGCGGCCACUCUCAUCCAGGCCGUGUGGCGAUGCUAUGCGGCUGACGAGCAUUCCGUGUCGGUGGCCACAUGGAAGAUCCACCAGGUGGCACUGCCCAGUCCGCCGGCUUCACGGGCGUCGUCCAGCUUCAAGCACAACACAUCCUUCGUGGCCCGGCUGCCCACCAUCCGGCGGCACAAGAGCCAGACGAUCCAGACUCCGGGUGGAGGCGAUGGCAGCGGUAUAUCCAAGCCGCCGGGCUCCUCGAGGGCAUCCACGAGAUAUACCCGCACCAUACGGGACAUCAAUGCGUCCGUGGAGAAUCUGGAGGUAGUACAAAACGGCAAAUCCAUGAAUCCAAGUUUCAGCGAAGAUUCAGUCGCUGAAACCACUUGCUUAAAAAAUAUAAAAAAUUCAGACGCCAGCCAGCAGCCAUCGAUGUUGGGUAACAACAGCAGCCAGCUCAGCGCCAGUGCCGGCUCCUUGGCCCAGUUUCCAGAGGAUCAGCCCUCAACGGACUGUGUCAUCGAGGUGGACGAGGAUCCGGCUGGUUCCGGGCAUCAAGGAGCCGGAGUCGAGGAGCAGGCCAAGCGUGAGAACCGACACCUGACCAUACCGGUGGUGCUCUAUGGUUUCCUUGCCGGCAACUUCUUGGGCUCUACGUUUUCCCUGCGCUCGCCACGAGUGGCACCGGCCAACGAUCAGGACUUGGAGGAUGCGGCCCGAGGUCAACAGGAUAUGUGCCAACGGAGCAACACUCUGCCGCUGCCCGUAACCAAGGCGAGUCCUGGCAGCAGUCCAGGCCAUGGACGAACGGGUCGCUUCUUUGCCGCGGCCACACACUUCCUGGAAACUGGAUUCUCACAGCCCACCGAAGCGGCAAAUGAGGAUGAGGAGCCGCGCUGCACGCAGCUAACCAAUCGGCACAAGACAGCCAUUCGAUUUAUACGUAAGCUCAAGUACUUUGUGGCGCGAAGGAAAUUCAAGGAGGCCUUGAAACCCUACGACGUCAAGGAUGUCAUGGAGCAAUAUGCGGCCGGUCACGUUGACUUGUUGGGUCGCGUUAAGAUGCUACAUUUGCGUUUGGAUCAAAUCCUGGGCAAACAAGGGUCCAAGGCCAAGGACGUUUAUGCAUCUAAAAUAAGCUUAGCCUCCCGCGUGGUUAAAGUCGAGCGGCAGGUCGCUGAUAUCGAAGAGAAGCUGGACGUGCUGAUCAAGGCGUACAUGGAGGAUCGUGAUAGAUUCCUGGCUCUUCCGCUGCCAGCCAAGCCCAAAAUACAUUCCAUUAGUCCUAACCACAAGCCCCUGCAUCACGCCCACAAUCUGGCCAUGAUCGAUGUGUGGAAACGCACCGCGGCCCUCAGUGUGCAUCCAGAGCAGGUGACCACCGCGGCCAUCACCACACCGCUGCUGAAUCCCUCCUCGGUGACCGAUGGCCCCGAGCUGCGAUCCCUGACAUCCACACAAACGGUCACGACGACAACGGAUGCGAUCGCCACACAAACCCCGAUGCCGCCGCACAUGCAGCAUACAGCGACCAAUACAAAGUCUUCCGUGCUUAACUCAUAUCAGCUGGGGUCUGACAAGCAGCAGCACAAUGAUGUUUUUAUGACUGAAUUAGAGAAUAGAACCAAAAAACGUGUUACGUUAAGCCUACAAAGAUCCACAUCGGAGCCGUAUAGCAAGCAGGAGCAACGCAUCAAUAUACCCGAUGAGGGAGCCGAAUCCCUGGACAGCAGUGCAAAGCCUACGCCGCCAGAUAGUUCAAUUAUACUAAUCGAUGAGUACGAGGAUUUCGAGGAGGAGGAUCUAAACUGUGAAGGUGAAAUGGAACAUUUCCCCUCCUGGGAGAUCGACAGUGAUAUUGGAGUGGAUGUGGACGUGGAUGCGGAUGCCGAUGGUGACUGUGAUGAGUCCACUGAGGACACAGCCCUGCUGCAGUGUGCCACGCGCACAGCCAUUGUUAUAACACCAAUUAGCCCAGUAAGCUCCGCACACAAUCUUCAGCAGUUAAAUGACCAAACCACAACGCUUAAUAAAUCAAAUUUGCUUCCGCCAGACUCUGGCUAGUUAA